GACGACGCCGUCUUCGUGCCCGCGGAGAACCUCAUCGCCGCGGGCCGGGAGGCGGGCACGCGGGUCGCCGUCGUGGCGCGCAGUCCCGAGCAGGUCGCCGGGCUGGCCGGGGCGCUGCAGCUGGGGGUGGAUGCGCUGGUGUUGCCGUGCGGCGCGGGGGGCGAGCCGCCGCCAGAGCUGUGGCAGGCGGCCGUGCGCCUGCGCGAGGAGCGGGCCUGCGCCGCGGCCGCCGGCGCCGCGGAGGAGGCGCCCGAGCCGGCCGAGAGCUUCGCGCCCGCGCGGGUGACGGCCGUGGAGGCGGUCGGGGGCCUGGCGGACAGGGUGUGCCUGGACCUGGUCCAGCUGCUGCGCGAGGGCGAGGGGGCCCUGGUCGGCUCCACCGCGAAGGCGCUGUGCCUGGUGCAGGGCGAGACGGCGCAGACCGGGCUGGUGCCGCCGCGGCCCUUCCGGAUCAACGCGGGCCCGGUGCACGCCUACGUGGCGAUGGCGGACGGGCGGACGAAGUAUUUGUCCGAGGUGGUCGCCGGAGACGAGGUGCUCGUGGUGGAUGCCGAGGCGGUCGAGGAGGGCGGCCCGCUGGCCGCGUCGCGGAGCGUGGCCGUGGGCCGGUGCAAGACCGAGCCGCGGCCGGUGCUCUGCGUGCGCUUCGAGGACGAGGGCGGGUGCCGCACGGGGCAGGCCUUCUUCCAGCAGGCGGAGACGGUGCGGCUGCGCGCGCGUCCAGAGGAGGGUUCCGCCGCCGAGGAGGGCGGGGCCGCGGCCGCGGGCUGGCGGGCGGUGGCGGUGACCGCCCUGAAGCCUGGCGACUGGCUGAUGUUGCGGUGGGCCGAUCGCGGCACGCACGUGGGGCGCAGGCGCCCAUGGGGCGCGCUGGUGGAACUCACUGCCCUCUUCGCAGCUGCGGAGGCGUUCGUGGCGGCCGAGGCGGGGUCGUUCGUCGGAUGCCUAGGGCUCUUCCUAUCCGCGCAGGCGUUCCUGCGAGGUCUUGAGCAGCCCGUCGGUCCCCCGCCUGCGGCGCCGCUGCCGCUGGCCGCCCAGGCGACGGAAUAUAUUGGCCUGUGCAGUGCCUCUUCGGAGCCUGACGUCUCCGAGGUCGCGCAGGCUCCAAAGAGGCGCACCCGCCGUCGACAGCUGCCAAUGAGCGGCACCGCGCGGCUGAUCCCGUGCGCCGACGCUCCCGAACUGGAGGGGGGCUCAGAAGGCGACGACAGCGUGAGCCUCCUGUACAGCGACGGCGACCUGUGGGAGAACGACCGCCUCCCCGGCCUGCCCGUCGCGGACGCGUCGGCCAACUGCUACAAGUCCUGCAGCGACCUCACGGAGGGCAGGUUCCCCUCGCGCUUCGCCCCGAACGGCUGCUGCAAGGAGCUGUCGCUCAGCUGCCUCAACCCCGACGACGUCCGGUUCUCCAUGCCGUGGCCCGGCCACGGCAUGAUGGUCGGAGGAGACGGUAAGGCCCCGCAUCCUCCAGGCAGGUGCGAUCCCAACGAGGAGGGGCUGCUGGGGCUGUGCUACAAGAAGUGCAGCAUCCUGACGAAGGGCGAGUACCCCAUACGCGAAGUCUUCAAAGCCGCAACCCACAAGUCUGACGCCCGGAAGAAGCAAACGAUGAGCCAGGUCAGAUGCCGCAGCUCCGUUCAGGGAGCGCUGGGUGACCACGUGUCCGAGCUUGUGCAGGUGCUCGCUCUUGGCGCUGGGCUGCCACAGAGGAGGGGCAGCGACGCGAUCGGCACGAAGAGGGACGACGCCAGAGGAAUCUUCGGGGCCUGCCGGUCGGAGGACUACAAGCCGGCCGCAUGGGGCCUCGGCGACGACCGGCGCCGCAGCGACCACGAGAGCGGCCGCACCGGCGAGUACGAGGUGCUCCGCGAUCAGCACCGCCGCCGGCUCUCCCAGAGCAGGACGGCGCCCGUCCAGGCUCCAGCUCUGUCAACACCGGCCGGCACCCGCGACCAGCAGAAGCCGAAGGCGGUCUCCGAGGAGGAGUCAGCUCUGCGAGGUCCAGAAGCCUUGAAGGCCCUGCUGUGGACAGCUUCGUCGGGCCAGAUCAGCAGGCAGCUGCUGCGCCAGCACGCCCGCGUCGAAGCCAUGAAGUUCAGGUCCGACAACCAAGUGGAAGAGCACUGCGCGGCAGACAGGGACGCCGUCCAACUGGAGGGCGCCUUGCUCGGCCUCGCCGCGGACGUAGGCGACAAGCUUGCAGCCGCCAGGAAAAGCUGCCAGGUCGCCCACAAGUGGUGA